AUGGACCAGAGUCUUCAAGGGAAGGAGAACGGACUCGGUCUGGAUUCGGUGAUCCAAGGGGCGUUGGCCGCAGGCAUCCCCAUUCCCCAAGUCAUUCAAUUCAUCCAGAGUUCUUUCCAAAACAAUCAGCUCCAAUCCUUUGCCCAGACUCCAAAUCAGCAAUUAUUGGCAGCUGUCACAAAUCCAGCACAGCUUCUGAAUUCGAGUAAUGCCUCGAAUGUCUCUGGAUUGGGGCAAUGUGAGUUUAUCUUUAUUUUUUUUUUUCAUUUUUUGGAGACCUUCUAUCUGUUCGAAUUCGUCAAUAUUGAUUGCGCAAAUUGCUGACAAUUCUUGUCUACAGAACGAAUUCAAAGUUUGUGUAGACAUCGGGGGUUUCUUUGGAAUCGUGGUUUGUGAUAGUUUAUCGAUAUUUACAACACCAUUCAUGUGAUUUUUACAGUGAACGCCCAUUCCAAUCUCAACUUCAAUCUCCAGGCGUUGAAUCAAGCCCAACAUCAAGUGCAUGUAGCCUCAUCUCAAGCUCCUCAAUCCUCAUUAAAUUCAACGAUAAAUGGAGCCGAGAACGGUUCCUUGCCUUGGCCCAUCUUCCAGCCCGCAGUUCAUGUUCCUCACUUUGAUAUGAGCACCUAUCAGAAGGUGAAUCUAGAUGCCCAAGCCUCAGCUCUGCCCAGUGGAAUGGAUCUCCCGCUUCAUGAUAUGAACACGUUAAGGUUUUUCUUCAAUUUUGGUGUUCAUCAUGCACGUCAAAUCCUUCUUCGUGAACAUUUUCAACUUCAACCCGGCCAAAAUCAUCAACAGCCAACCAAUAGUAAUGUGUCAGUAGCCUCUCAGUUGGGGCAGCAAGGGCAGUUGAUGUCCAGUUUGUCCAACCAGGAUCUUUUGUAUCAACAGAUGCUUUUAAAGUGAGUUUAACUUGCAUAUAGAGUUCUCGGGGUUCGUUAUAAUCUACUUUUCUUUCAGAAAUAGCCAAGAUUUGACAUCGGGGAAACCAGUUGGAACCCCGUUGCCAGGCUCAACCAGUGCCGUAACCGAUCCCCGAUCGGCAUUUCAAUUGCAAAAGGAUUUAGCUAAUAGUAUAGUAAGUUGUUGUAAAAAUACAAUUUAUUCAAAUUUUAGUUAAACAAGUCUCAAGGCCUUCAGAUCAAAAACGAACCCAUGGAGAACUUAUUAAUUCAGAAUUCAUUACUCGGAACUGUCUCAGGUGAGUCUGCGCUUAGCACUGAUAUCAAUUUUAACUUUCAGCAAGAGGAGUGAACACAUCAGCACCUCAAAGCACCCCUCUAGCCAUCUUGCAACGUCAACAACAAGCUGCUCAACAAGGUCAUCAAACACAUAACCAACAGAGAAAUCAUAAUCAAGAGCCCGAAGUGAGUAGGGGGUGUAGAUAACUUCAGCAGGGCUCAACCCGGGCCGUCCUUAGUUUAGAAGAUUUUCCUGACGCUAGACGAGGUUGUCGUUGCAGGUGCUUCGCCCGCAGCCCGUCUCCUUGAGCGAUCUGACAGGCUCGGUGCAGAUCCAACAGCUUCUCCAACAACAGAAUCUCGGUGGGAUUGGUCUGAGUUUCCAGCAACCAAACAAGACCCUCACGGCUCAGGUACCCGUUGACCCUGCGCCCCGACCCUCCGUCCCAAGCCGGGAUCAAGACACGGGCGGAGUCGCCUUGACGACCUCGGCUGGCUCUACUUUUCCUCAGGUGUGCCGGGGAUUUAAUUGGGACAGUUGAUUGCAUCAUCAUGAAUGUUUGUUCGAUCAUCUCUCUUCCUAUAGCAUGAUGAUGCAAUCAAAUAUUACCGUAAUCAUUUUAUCCGUAUCAUCCUUUCCUUUUCAGAAAGAUGCCCAAGAUCAAGCAGAUCGGAUGAAGCCGACUGCAAUUGUGCGCGGAGCCGUGGCCGAUGUAGCCAGUCGUAGUCAGAACAGUCCCCCUAAAGGAAAUGAGGCCAAUUCAUCGAAUCAGACGCCCAACAACCAUUCGAAUGGGACCCCUUCCCAGUCUUCAGCAAUGUCUUCUAGUCAAGAUACAGCUGCUGUGGCUGUAGCGAAUGCUCUGGUCAGUCAAUUUGGAGGAGUAAAUGGUCAAGUGCCUUCACUGGCAGCUCAAUUGAGUGCAGCAAUGGUUGCGUCGACCUUUAUGAAUCCCUCCAAAUUGCCUGCAACGAGUGCCGCGAGCUCGAAUCCUCUGGUCAACGACAAUCCCGAUGCUCAUUUAUUGGCGGGAACUUCUCCUUAUGCCAAAUUCGUGAGUCUAUUUCGAUGUUUGCCAGUCCUGACACAAUGUUUUAUUUUUAUUUAUUUAAUUUUCAGCCAGCCUUAGCCCAAAGCGCAACGCGUUCUCUAACCAGUGGGAACUCUGGAUUAACCGGGGAAAGUAAUAACCAUUCAAAUAACUCAGAACUGAGUGAAAUUAAACCCGAAUCAAUACUCCAAACUUCCGAACAACACUUCACCGAGGCCUUUAAGAGAUCUCUGCAGCAACAAAUGCACGGGAAGAAUGGAAAGGGAGGAUCACCCAAAGGUGAACCGGCUGAGUCCCCCGACAGAGUUCAACGAAAAUCCGGGGUGAAUCUGAUGAGUUUGGAGAAGGAGGCAGAGAAAAAGAAAAGCGCCGAUAAACCUGUAAGUCUAAUUUUGUAUGACUUUUGUGUUGAUAAAUUGUAAUGUGAUCGUUUCCAGAUUCCAUCGAUGAUUAAUUACGUGAACUCUUGUUUGACGCAGAUUAAGAGCCAAGUGCAAAGUCAGGGAGUUGGUCUCCCGAUAGAUCACAAUGGUCGACCAAUCGACUACUCUUCUCGUCCCAUUGAUCCCAUCUUUCGUCAGGCACGAGAGAAGUUGGAGAAGGAUCGGGAUUUCUCGAUGAUCCGCCGGGGAUCCCCCAGCCUCCACCCACCCACCACUACCCAAUCUCCAGUCGAUUCUUGUCCAAUUGGAAUCAGCGAUUCGAGAUCCAGAAGCGAACAGCCUCAGGACAUUCAACAGAAAGUGGCGACUCUCAGUCCAGCCAACAGUCAGAGACCUCGUUCCACCCAGCCGGGAGCUGAAGGCGCCUUGCAGAACAACAAUGAGGAUGGGCCUUCGGAGAGCAAGAAGAUAAAGGUUGAUGCCCCUUCCUCCGAGUCUUCCUGA